AUGGGGAAGACGAAGUGUGAGCUAUGUGGUGGUGUGGCGAGAAUGUUUUGCGAGUCAGACGAAGCGAGUUUGUGCUGGGACUGCGACGGCAAGGUUCACGGAGCUAAUUUUCUGGUGGCUAAGCACACGCGCUGCCUUCUCUGUAGCGCGUGCCAAUCUCCGACGCCGUGGAAAGCUUCCGGUCUUCGUCUGUGUCCAACUGUUUCCAUCUGCGAGUCUUGUGUAGCUCGCAAGAACAGCAGGAAUCAAGCGGAGAGUCUGAGCCGAGAGAUCAACGGUAGAGAAGAAGACGACGGCGCAGAAUCUUACGAUGAAGAUGAAGAGAGCGAUGAGGAGGAUGAGGAUGAGGAGGAGGAAGCGGAGAAUCAAGUGGUACCGUGGGAUGCGGCGGCGAAGCAAGAACAACCUCCGGUGGUGAGUUCGUCGUCUUCGGUUAGCGGCGGCGAGGAAGCUUCCUCCUCCGGCGACGGAGGUCUUGUAGGGAAAAGGACGCGACUGGAUAUUGAAACAUCGUCGUCGUCAUCAUCAUCUCCUCGGGUUUUGAAAAUGGCCAAGAAAAGCAGAGAUCUCAGCCGUUGA